UGGAAAAACAAGCUAGCCGCACCUUUCACUAUCACCGUCUUUCACAAAAAAAAAGUGUGAGGAUAAAGUGAACUUAAAACUUUUUCCAUGGAUCAUAACAAGAGAAAACAGUUUAGGAGAUAUCUUCACCACUCAGGGGCCAUUAACUCCCUAACAAGCGCAUUGGUGGCACUUUAUGAGGACAGCGAUAAACCAGACGACGCAAUGAAUUUCGUGACGAAUCACCUGAGCGCACAGCUUUCCGAGGCACUGAGUUCGGAAAAGACCGAGCUGCAACGCAGGUGUGAGCGCCUCACGGAGGAGAACAAGGAGCUGAGGAGCAAGCUGUUGCAGUACGAGAGGCCGCCUGAGGAGGGAGCAGCGGAGUAA